GCGAGUGCGGUUGUCUUCAGCCUCGAUGCAAGUGCAGCGGCUUGCAGACCCGCCUUGCGCCAGCAUUUAUACACCUACGGCAGCAGACGACCGCUGCGACCGCUUUGGCAUCGCUGCUGCACAACUGAGCACUUGAGCCUGACGCAGUGCUGCCGUGCUGCACGAUGGUGGCAACCGUAAAACGUCUGUUGCUGCUGCUCGCAUCGAUGCCAGCAGCUCUGCCCUUCAAGCUCACGCGGCGUCAAAUCGCGCGCGGCGCGGCGAUUGCGUGGACGCCCUUUUGCGUGGUGAAGGUCGUAAAAGCGCUGCAGAGCGGCGGGCCGACCAGCCCGUACGGGUUGGCGAAGCGACGAACAAUCUUCUCCGCUGUUGCGAAAGAAGGGCUGAAAGUCCUCGAACUGGGCGUCGGCGAAAAUAAGAACGCGGACCUCUAUCCGAAACGCACGUCGCUCGUCGGGCUCGACGCCAGAACGCCAGCAAGGCCGGCGCGACAGUCCUCACAACUCGAGAGCUACGAGUUCGUGCUCGGCGCAGCAGAGAAGCUGCCGUUCGACGACGCGUCCUUCGACGCCGUAGUCUCGACGCUGUGCCUGUGCUCGGUCGACGACGUCGAGGCGACCAUUCUGGAAGUCGCGCGCGUCCUCAAGAAGAACGGGCGCUACGGCUUCGUCGAGCACGUCGCGGCGGAGGACGGCACGCUCCUGGACGUGCAGCAGCGGGUGCUGGACCCGCUCCAACAGCGAGUGGCAAACAACUGCCACCUGCACCGCCCCAUAGACCGCGCAUUGCUCGGCGCGACGAAGAAGUCCGGAGGGCCGUUCACGGAAGUCCUCGAGUUCGAGGAGUACCUCGACGACGACAUGUGGCCGGUCUCGAAGCAAGUCGCAGGCGUGCUAGUGCGUUGAUCUGGAUCCGUG